CCCACCCCACUCUCUACUCUUGUAGGUGGAGGCCGAGUGGAGCUCUCAGGUUCUGUGAACAGCUCAGCAGGUGGCUGCAGGGACGCGUGGGCUUCAGAAGGACUCUUGGUGGUGCUGCAUGACAAGGGCGGGUCCUGCACAGAGCUGCAGGCCUGGACACCAGGCUCGGCCCUUCAGGGGGAGCCCCUCUGGGUCCAGAACCUGGUUACUGGGACAGAGGACCAAGGAGAAAAUGAACCCAGCAGUGAGGCUAGGGCGGGCACCCUGCCGCUGCUGCCCUGUGCCAGUGCCUAUGUGACCCCGCAGCCACCCUUCUGCCAGCCUCUGGCCCCAGAGCUUCGGGUGCGCCAGCUGGAGCUGGGUGCAGAGCAUGUGUUGCUGCUUUGCGAAGCUGGCCAGGUGUUCUCCUGGGGUGGAGGCAGGCAUGGACAGUUGGGCCACGGGACGCUGGAGGCAGAGCUGGAGCCAAGGCUGUUGGAAGCACUGCAAGGCCUGCGGAUGGCUGAGGUGGCUGCAGGUGGCUGGCACUCUGUGUGUGUGAGUGGUGAGUGACCUGGAGCCUCUCCAAACAAGCUG